AUGGGGAAUGAGAUGAGCGAAGGAGAGGGGAUACCACAACAUCCAACGCCAAUACCAUACGAGAGGAGCAGACAGAUACAUGAUGGGGAAAGAAUGAUGGGUAGGAGUUUUGCAGGUGCGGGAGGGGUCGGGAGAGGAGGAAGUAUCAGUCCUGGAAUAGGAGAUGGCAUUGGUGCUGGAAGAGGCAGUGCAGUUGGUGGUAGUGGUGGUGGUGGUAGCGGCCAGGAUAAUGUUGGCGGUAGAGCUGGUAUCGGUGGUGGCAGAGGAAUUGCAAGAGGCACAGGUAGCAGUAUUGAGACUCAUGGUGGACAUGGAAGAGGUAUAGGAAGAGGUGGAGGAAGGGGAGAAACUGGUCAAGCUGGUAGACAAGCUGGUGGUUGGACAGGUUCAAUAGUUGGUGGAUCUGCAGGUGUUUCGCCACCACACACCAGUGCAGCAAGUCCGGCAUUUGUUAUUCCAGGAAGGGAUAGAGGAAGGGGUAAUAGAGCGCCCGCAGAAGGUCCAGGCCGCGGAAGUACUAACGCAGGACAAAAACCUUCUAGUAAUACCCCAAGGAUUAGUGAUGGAUCCAGGGUAAAAAAUAAAACAGCACCACCAAUGGACGAUCAGCCUCCCGAAGCAGAUCUAAGUCAUUUGACAGAAGAAGAACGAACCCAUAUUCUGGCUGUUCUUAACAGGGCCAGGGGUCUUCAAGAAAGAGAUGAAGAGAGAGUCAGGAAUCUAGAAGAAGACUUUACCAGGUAUACCAAAGACAUCAAACGUCGAGCCUCAGACGCAUCUAGUAUCGGUGAAGGUCAAGCCAAGAAUCUAUGCCCUGUCUGUAACAGGACCGAACUGGAUAAAAAUGCUAUACCAGGUUCAGCACAAGAAGGACUAGAAUGUACAGACUGUGAGAGACCUGUCUGCCUACAGUGUGGCUUUUAUAUGCCAGCCUUAGCAUCACAGAUACAGAAUAACCGUAGCGAUCAGGGGAGUGCAGAAAAACAGGCCAUGCAGUCGUGA